CCUUCCCCUCCUUUGUCUUUGGUGCGUAAUGAGCGUGCGUCAGGAUUCAGCGUUUGGUUCCUUCUCGGCAAGUUCACUUUCGAGUUUCAACUGUCGACUGUCGAGCAGUCAAAACAGUUCCUCUUUCUGCGCUCACACAUUCCCCAAAUCUAAUAACAAUAAAAUAACAUCUGGAGUAAUCGGCGUCUAAGUGGCUGGAUGAUGGAUUCACGGAUGUUUCUCCCUGCUCUCCUGCUUGUCUUCGGUUUGUCGACAGUUUUGGCCCAGUCUUCCGCACCUGACCAAGUGUGUGAGGCGAAGAAUGGGACAAACUGUGAGGAAUGUCUGAAAAACGUGACGUGCUUGUGGUGUAUCAAAACCAAGUCCUGUGUAACAUAUCCAGUGCGCACCAUCCUGCCACCGCAUGCACUCUGCCCACUGAAUGAUGCACGUUGGGGGCUCUGCUGGAUGAACUUCCAGAUAUUGAUAAUCACCAUGGCAGUGAUUGGUGGUAUCAUCAUCAUCGCCUUCCUGGUCUGCCUGUUCUGCUGCUGCAAUUGUGAGAACUUUGGAUCCAAAAGGUUCGAGGCCAAGAUGCAGAAACAGGCCAAUAAGAUGAAAACCAAGCAGGAAGAAAGGAAGGCAGAGAUGAAACAGAGACAUGAGGAAAUCAGGAAUAAAUAUGGUCUAAGUGGGCAAAAUCAGUACUCCAAAUUUGCAUGAGAUGAUCUGUGAACUGAGAUUCACCCCAUGACCCUUCUGUUUUUCACUGAACUCUGAUCUCUCGCACAACAGACAUCAACAACCUGGCUUGUGGUUGUGAGAGUAGACAUAACCUACGAAUUAAUGUAAACUAUAAUUAAGACAAUUUCAGAAAAGUGACAGUAGUUUUGUACAGGCAGUCUCUGGCUUCAUCCAGCCAAUGGACAGGAAUGUUGUGUUCAAUGUGAUGACCCAAGAGGCUGUAACCAAAGGCUAGAAUAGACACAUGUAGCAGUAAUGUUCUUCCAGACUAUAGUAGUCUAUCCUGUGGCCCCUAUAGCAUCAGUUUACUUAUACUAUUUAUUAGGUUAUGUCUUAAGUUUAUUUGGACAGAAUGAAAAGAAUCCAGUUUGGUUACUGAACAAAUAUUUCCUUUUGCUUAAGAAAAUCGGUUGCAUCUGCAAAUUACCAAAUUUUGUCUGUUUUGCUCCAUUGGGUUGCUGCUGAUUUAGAGAUAUACAUAGAAAUUUUUGUAUUUUGUGUGAUUUAUUUUGGUUUCGAACUGACUCAGUCCUAUUCUGAAAUGUACUUGUUGGAGGCCAUUUGUAUUGUGUUACUGCUGCAUGUUUCACUGACAGGAAUGAUUUUUUUAACGUAUUAGGUUUGGAAAUACAGUAUGUUCAUAUGUUAAGUCAAAAUUCUUCACCCUUGCACUCUGAAUUUAUAACGUAAUCAUUAACUUAAGUUGAAUGUUUUGAUCCUUAAAUUGGAUUAAAGUCUGCCUAACUCUAGCCUGGAUAUCAUGUAAAGACACAUAACCUUAAUAAAAGCCUUUGGACUGAUAAUUAAUUAAUUCCUUCAGUGGCACUGGACUUUUAUUGUUUGUGUUUUGCCUGCAUUGUGCUUUUAUUAAAACCACAAUUUUGUCAUA